AUGAUGGCCAAACCCAGUCUCAGAGGGGAUGGCCCUAGCUCUGAGACCUUCCGACAGCGCUUCCGGAGAUUCCAUUACCAGGAGGUGGCUGGGCCCCGGGAGGCUUUCAGUCAACUCUGGGAACUUUGCUGCCGGUGGCUAAGACCGGAGGUGCACACCAAGGAGCAAAUUGUAGAGUUGUUGGUGCUAGAACAGUUCCUAACCGUCUUACCUGGGGAGAUCCAGAAUUGGAUACAGGAACAAUGUCCAGAAAGUGGAGAGGAGGCAGUGGCUCUGGUGGAAGAUUUAGGAAGAGAGCCUGGAAGACCUGCAAGUUCGGUCACAGUCUCUGUGAAGGGGCAGGAAGUGCGCUUGGAGAAGAUGACACCCCUGAAAUCAUCACGAGAGUUUUUAAGUGUUCGGCAGGAGUCAGUGGAACCCCAGCCCAGGGGUGUACCCAAGAAAGAGAGGGCAAGAAGCCCUGACCUGGGACCACAGGAGCAGAUGAACCCAAAGGAGAAGCUCAGACCUUUUCAAAGGAGCGGAUUUCCAUUUCCUAAAUCUGGUGGUGUGGUCUCCAGGCUGGAGCAAGGAGACCCACAGAUCCCAGAUCUGCUGGGCUCCACGGAGAGGGGACUCCCAAGAGGCAGUCACACUGGAGACAGACGAAUACCUGCUGAUCUGUUACCAUCCAGAAGAGAGAGAAGCAGCUGGGUAGAACAGGAUCACUGGGGCUUUGAGGAUGAGAAGGUGGCAGGUAUUCACUGGGGCUAUGAAGAGACCAGAACCCUCCUUGCAAUUCUUAGUCAGACUGAGUUUUAUGAGGCUCUCCGAAAUUGUCAUAGAAAUAGCCAAGUGUAUGGGGCAGUGGCUGAGCGGCUCCGGGAGUAUGGUUUCUUCCGGACCCUGGAACAAUGUCGGACCAAGUUCAAAGGUCUCCAGAAGACCUAUCGGAAAGUCAAGAGUGGCCACCCACCUGAGACCUGCCCCUUUUUUGAAGAGAUGGAAGCUCUCAUGAGUGCCCAGGUCAUUGCUCUGCCCAGUAGUGGCCUGGAAGAGGCAGCCUCUUGCUCUGGUCUGGUGGGCAGUGAUGCUGAGACUGAGGAGCCAGGACAAGAGGACAGGCAACCUGAUGGGGAAACAGAAGAGGCCAUUGCUGAGAAGUCUGACAGCGAUGAGAUGGCCCCAGAGGCCACCCCCCAAGACUCUGAUAAUUCAUCUGCACCAGUCCUAUUCCGAAACCCAAGUGGUGUACACUGGGGCUAUGAAGAGACCAAGACUUACCUUGCAAUUCUUAGUGAGACUCAGUUUUAUGAAGCGCUCCGAAACUGUCAUCGUAACAGUCAACUGUAUGGAGCAGUGGCUGAGCGAUUAUGGGAAUAUGGAUUCCUUAGGACACCUGAGCAGUGUCGGACCAAGUUUAAAAGUCUACAAACCAGUUAUCGGAAAGUGAAGAAAGGUCAAGCACCAGAGACCUGCCCAUUCUUUGAGGAGAUGGAUGCUUUGGUGAGUACCCAGGUUGCUGUCCUGCCGAGUAAAGACCUGGAAGAGGAGACAGCUUCUUGCCCAAUCCAAGGGACCAAUGAGGCCGAAACUGAGAAGCAAGCUGAAGAGGCAGAAGAGACCUUAGAAGAAGAUUCUGAUGGCGAUGAAGAGGAUAUGGAGAUACCCCCAGGGGCUGUCCUAACACGUGCUCCAGUCUUAUUCCAGAGCCCCAGUGGUUUCGAGGCUGGAUUUGAGAAUGAAAAGAAUCUAAAUCGGGAUAUUUCUGAGGAAGUACAACUGCACAGGACAUUGCUUGCAAGAUCUGAAAGGAAAAUUCCUCGGCAUCAUUAUCAGGGUAAAGGCAGUGCCAGUGAAAGUCGAUCAGGAAGGCAGUGGGAAAAGACCCCAGAGGAGAGAAGGGAAAAACUCCCAGAGAGGAGCUUAGGGAAACUCCUAAAUCACCAGAAACCUUAUUUGGGGGAGAGACCCUAUAAAUAUCUCAAAUAUAGCAAAAGCUUUGGUCCAAACUCCCACUUCAUGCAGCAGAUAUCCCACCAGAUGGAAAAUCCUUAUAAAUGUGCUGACUGUGGGAAAAGUUUCAGUCGUAGUGCACGUCUUAUUAGACACCGGAGGAUCCACACUGGAGAGAAACCUUACAAAUGUCUUGACUGUGGGAAAAGUUUCCGUGACAGUUCAAAUUUCAUUACUCAUAGGAGAAUUCACACAGGAGAAAAACCUUAUCAGUGUGGUGAGUGUGGAAAAUGUUUCAAUCAGAGCUCAAGCCUUAUAAUUCACCAGCGAACUCACACAGGAGAAAAGCCCUAUCAAUGUGAAGAGUGUGGAAAAAGCUUCAAUAACAGUUCUCAUUUUAGUGCACAUAGGAGGAUACACACAGGAGAGAGACCCCAUGUGUGUCCUGUCUGUGGAAAGAGUUUCAGUAAGAGUUCUGACUUACGUGCACAUCACAGAACCCACACAGGAGAGAAACCCUAUGGGUGUCAUGAUUGUGGCAAGUGCUUCAGUAAAAGCUCUGCCCUUAAUAAGCACCGAGAAAUCCAUACACGAGAAAAGCUUUUGUCACAGUCAGCACCAUAG